UUAAAACGAUGUAAAAAUGUUUGUGCCUUUUACUUCACUUAGCCAGCAAAAAGAAUCAAAGAUGAACAUGGUCCAUGGCACCACCAGUACUGUGGACGAAGGUGUUCCACUUCCAGGUUUCCGGUUCCACCCGACGGAAGAAGAGCUCGUCGGGUUUUACCUUCGACAAAAAGUUGACAACAACUGCCUCACAAUCGAACUUAUCAAAGAGAUCGAUAUCUACAAAUAUGACCCCUCUGAUCUUCCAAUUUUAUACAUACACGCAGAAACUGGCAUGAUGGGAGAGAACGACUUGUAUUUCUUUUGUAAACGAGGAAGGAAGUAUCGGAACAGUGUAAGACCAAACCGAGUGACAGGAUCAGGGUUUUGGAAAGCGACAGGUAUCGAUAAGCCUGUUUUUUCGGUCAAAAGCGGUGAAGCCAUCGGGCUAAAAAAAACGUUAGUGUACUACCAUGGAAGUGCAGGAAAAGGAACUAAAACCGAUUGGAUGAUGCAUGAAUUUCGCCUUCCCAAUCCCACAUUGACCGCACAAGAAGCUGAAGUAUGGACAAUAUGUCGAAUCUUCAAGCGGAAUAAAAAAAUCAAACAAGAUUCGAGACAAGGUGCUGCUAAACGAGCUUCAACUAGCAAUGGCAAUGGUGUAGACGGCUACAAACGUUGCAGUGUGGAAUCCAACAGCCAUGAAAAUUACAUUACAAUCGGGUCUCAAAUCAUUGAAAACUACGAUGACGAUGAUGAUGAUGGUGAGAUGGUUAUGGAUCACGGGAUGAAUGAUGAGAGUUGCAGAGGGGAAUGGUAUCAUGGAGAGCUGCAACGUAUGGCAUCAUCAUCGUCACCAUCUUCAAGCUUUUCAACAGUGAAUGAUUUCUUCACAAAUGCCAACUGGGAUGAGCUUAAAUCAAUUCUGGACUUGGAUCUUGAUCCCUUUCUUUUGUGAAAAAUCAUUUUUAAUGAGAUAUAAUAUUGUAUUAGUUUCGAUCUCUAAUGUUCUAAUGUUUAAGUUAGGAUCUAGUUAUGGUGGGAUCCAAUGGGAUCCAUAUUUUAAAUCAACAACUAUGGGAUCAGGCCACGUUAGGAAUUAAGAAAUUGUAUUGGUGACUGAAGAGAGUAGUGUCUUCUCUUUCAAAUAUCGGUGAUUGUUAAUAAUGAUGUAUGAAGUUGUUGAAUAACAAGUUUAGAUGUAUGAAAUGAUGUUGGAUUGUGUCUUUUGUUA